AAAAUAGCUUGAUACUUGUUAUUUAAUCCUUUACGGAAAUGAGUGAUAAAAAAUAUACACCACAAGACGUUUUAAAGUACAACAAACCAACUGAGGCCUUCUUAUGUCCCCUUAACGCUAAUACUGUUGGAAUCCAAUUCCUUGAAUUCAAGAUCCGAAACUGUGAUUCAGGUGAAGUUCUCUUCCACACCUCUGCUGAAGAAACAGCCAAGGAACUUUUAAAACAAGGAACUACGAUAGAUGAAGACUCUCUUCGUUCAAUCAACUACAAAUUCGAUAAAGCCAUGCUCAGAUCUAAAGGAAUUGGUACUACUUUGACUUUCAAGGUUGGUCCAAAGCCAGUUAAAAACUUUAGAAUGAUCGAAAGACACUACUUUAAGGAAAAACUGCUUAAGGGUUUUGAUUUCAAUUUCAAGUUCUGCAUUCCUAACAGUCAAAAUACUUGGGAAUGUAUUUAUUCGAUGCCAGAACUGACCGAAGAAGAAAUCAUUGAAAUUGAAAACAGUCCAUAUCAAGUUAAAUCUGAUUCAUUCUACUUUGUAAAUGAUGACGAAAUGAUUAUGCACAAUAAGGCUGCCUACGCUUAUGUUGAUGCAAAAAAGGAUUAAAUCCAUCAAUUAAGCAAACAUUUGUAUAAUUAAAAUUGUUGUUGUAUCAAAGAAAACAAAUCUACAAUAAAAAAUAACUAUCCCGCCU